AAACAAAAGCGUGAGUGAGAACGUUAAAAGAGACGUGUGAGAGUAACUUUAUCACCACAUCAGAGGCAGCCGAGCAGAAACCCCUCGGACCACCACCCUGCUACGCACACACACGCACACACACACACACACACAUGGAAUCUCUUUGGCCCCCCAAAGAUACCUCUCUUUUAGAGAGCGAUACUCCAGAUCCAGCCCUCUAGAUCCCCAGCCGAGCUGACUCUAGAAGUUUCUCCAGUGCUUGGACCCCGCAUCAUUGCAGCAGAUGUUUCCAGUGAAGCAGCCGUGGCUGUGUAAAGCUCUAGGUUGCUAUGACUGCUGUGUGCGUUGCCUUGGCGCCGUGCCCUAUGCCAGCCUGGCUGCCACGCUGCUGUGUUAUGCGGGCGUGGCACUGUUCUGCGCCGGCGGGCACCAGGCGCUCACUCACACCGACACGCUCGUCCAGAUGCACUUUGCCCGCACGCUGCAGGACUACAUGGUGCUAGCGGACUUUAUUAAAUAUUUCCAGUAUGUGAUCUACGGCCUGGCGUCCUUCUUCUUCCUGUACGGGAUUCUGCUGCUGGCUGAGGGUUUCUACACCACCAGCGCCGUCAAACAAACCUUCGGAGAGUUUCGCAGCACCCAGUGCAGCCGCUGCCUCAGCCUCACCUUCAUCAUCGUGACGUACGUGUUGGCGAUCAUUUGGCUGGUCGUCUUCGCGUUCGCUGCGAUUCCCGUCUACUUCCUGUACAACAUGGCCGAAACGUGUCACACAGUCAACAUCCUGUCUGAGACGACCACCAGCCUGAGUCAGCAUGGAUGGGUCUGCAUCGACGCUCGGCAGUUCGGACUGCUACCCUGGAGUGCUACACCCGGUAAAGUGUGUGGAAUGACAAUGGCCAGCAUCUGUAAAACCCCAGAGUUCUAUGUGACCUAUGAUUUCUACAUCGCUGCAUUUGCUGGAGCAGGAAUCACUCUUCUUGCUCUGGUGCUCUAUAUUGUAGCCACCACCUAUAACUAUGCCGUCCUGAGGUUUCUGGGCAGGAAGGGGAUCCGUUGCUAGAUGCAGUCUUGCUAGGAGCAGUGUUGCUAGGCGCAGUGUUGCUAGGCAACUUUUCUCCUCUCUGAUGUGCACUGCUGUGCUUGCUGUUGCGUUGUCACGGCGACCGGGCCCAUGGGGGAAUUGCUGAAGAGUGUCAUGAAGCCCUCUGUCUGGAAAACACACACCCACUUACAAACAAACAAACAAACGAGACAACAAGGAAACACAUGUAACAGCAGGUAACAGGAGAAAGAUCUAAACACCUACUAAACAGAGUGAAUCAGCGGCUGUAAUCACCGCUAAACUCUAACGAGUCUCACGCGCUUCAUUUACAGUUCUUAUAUUAGAAAUUCUGAAAUUAAACCUCGUCUGCAGAGUUUAUAUUUCAGCCUCUGCGAAUCAUCUGUACGCGUUUGAAGAGCAUCAAUGUGGAGAAUUUUUUCAAUGUUGUUUUUGUGUGUUUCUGCUUUGAUUGUCAGAACUGAUAAACAUUAACAGCACUUUCACUAAAACACAGUUUACACUCACACAGACUCACUGGCUCCGAUUCACUAAACGCCACAGAAAAAAAUCUGAAUGAACUGAACUGAAUUUAGUCUAAUUGAGUUGAUUUGAGUUGUACUGAACUGAAUUUAUUCAAACUGAUCUGAACUGAGUUGAGUUGAUUUGAGUUGAACUGAACUGUGUUGAACUAAAAUGAAAUAAACUGAAUGAAAUUGAACUGAAUUGAAUUGAAUUGAAUUGAAUUGAGUUGAGUUGAACUGAACUUAACAGAAUUAAAUUGAACUGAAUUGAAUGGAACAGAAUAGAGUUAAACUGAAUCAAAUUAAAGUGAUAAAUUUCACACAGUUUCAAUCAUAUUUCGCAUGUAAAAUUAACCAGAUGAAUAAAUACAUAAUAAAUGAAUAAAGAAACACAUAAAUGUAAAUAAUCAGCCAUCACAGCUGAUUGGUCCAUUCAGUGUGGGGGUGGGGGGGGCUGUUGGGGGCGGAGCUGCUCUUCUGGUUCCUCUUUAUCGUUUCAUCACUGCUUUUCUCCUUCAAACGUCCUUCAUCAUCACUCCAUUCUCCGAGAUCCUUAAUAUCAGACAGCUAAUUCUACAUCACUCUCUCUCCCUCUGUCUCUCUCUCCACCUCUCACUCUUUUCAUCUGUCUCUCUCUCUUUUCUCUCUUUCUCUGUAUCUUUUCAUCUUUCACUCUCUUUUCUCUCCUUUUUCUGUCCAUAAGUUUGAUUUAUCAAAUAAUCUCUGUUGGUUCUAAAGGAGAACCGGUUCUCCAUACUCUGAUUCAAUUAUAUAAAGAUGCUUUAAUAUUUGUCUAUUUUAUCUAUAUUAUCUGAAGUAAACAAAUUAAAUGUGAUUAACUUUGACUGAAAGUGUUUCUGCUCUCAUAUCGUUUACAUACAAUUACAUUGUGUGUGUGUGUGUGUCUGUGUGUGUGUGUGUGUGUGUGUGUGUGUGUCUGUGUGUGUGUGUCUGUGUGUGUGUGUGUGUGUGUGUGUGUGUGUGUGUGUGUGUGUGUGUGUGUGUGUGUGUGUCUGUGUGUUUGGAGAAUCUCUUCAACAACGGUGCUACAAACAAACAAACAGACUAAUUUAUUGCUGUUCUGCACAUUUUAUGAUAAAGAUGUAACGUAAAAUAACGUGAUGUAUGAAAUGUGAGUGUCAGUAACGCUGCAGUCGGCUUGUGUAUCAUUACACAUUAAACUAAUUUUCUUUAAUGAAA